AUGGAUAUGUCUGAUGCUGAUACGUCUGAUGCUGGAAGUGAUGACCAUGGCUCAGGUGGUAAUGACUCUGAUAGUGAUGGCAAUGUUCCGCAGCAGGCUCAAGCUGGCAGAGGUCGUGGCCGUGGAGCAGGGGGACGAGGACGUGGACGAGGUCAUGCAGGAGGACAAAGAGGUCGUGGUCGUCCACGUGGUGGUGGCGGGAACGUCGCUAGGAUGCAGAGGGAUCGCCGGGCUAAUGUUAUGACUGACUUGCACAUGGCAGACGCACACUGGGUUGAUGCGAAUAAUACGGCGCCCGUUGUUCACCCCUUCAGAACGGCUGCUGAGGUUCUUGUUGACACUACCGACUUCAAAGCAGUCGACUACUUCAAGCUCUACCUUGAUGACGAUCUGAUCAACCACAUUGUUACGCAGACGAACAAAUACGCAGAUGAUUACAUUCGUAACCCUCCUACUCCUCUGAAAGGCAAGUCUCGAUGUCAUGACUGGAUCCCCACCAAUGCUGAAGAGAUUCAGACAUUCCUUGGUCUCACCAUGCUGAUGGGAAUUAUUCACAAGCCGUCGAUUGCCCUAUACUGGUCAACAGACCCACUAUAUUCUACUCCACUUUUCUCCCAAGUCAUGCUGAGGAACAGAUAUCAGAUCAUACUCAAGUUUUUCCACCUGAAUGACAAUGACACUGCACUACCAAGGGACAAUCCAGAUUAUGACCGUCUGCAUAAACUGCGCCCAUUCAUUGACCAUAUGUUUGAGAAGUUCCAAACCCCCUAUGUGCCAGGCCAACACAUGUCUUUGGAUGAAGCAAUGGUCCUUUGGAAAGGACAGCUCUCUUUCAAGCAGUUCAUCCACUCUAAACGAACACGGUUCGGGAUAAAGGUGUUCCAACUAUGCGAGGACAACGGUUAUACCUACCGAUUCAGGAUCUACACAGGCCAAGGGAUGCUUGAAGAUGUGGUUUGGUCAAAGACUGAAACUCUUGUGCUUGAUAUGAUGCAGCCACUCCUUGGCUUGGGGUAUGAACUCGAUACUGACAAUUACUACACGACUCCCCACCUCCUGAAGCACCUUCAUGAGAACCAAACGAACGCAUGCGGUACUGCUAGGAAGAACAUCACUGGCUUUCCUAAGAAACUCAUUGCAAGACGCGUUGAACUACAUCACACUGCUGCACUACGGAAUGAUCAACUUCUUGCUAUCAAGUACAAGGAUUCCAAAGAUGUUCUGUUCCUGUCAAAAUUCCAUGCUGAGACUGUGAUGCAAGUUCGGAAGAGAGGUCGUCGUGACGAGAUGAGAGACAAACCAGUCGCCAUCAACACCUACAACCAGUUCAUGGGUGGUGUGGACAAGACAAUUGAUACACCCCUACAACAUGGCCGACGGUCUCUCAAGUGGUAUAAGAAAUUGACAGUGUACCUUCUGCAACUCGCGAUGGUGAAUGCACACGUUCUCUAUUGCAAGCAGGUCAAGAAAGUGCCCUUCCUGAACUUUGUUCAUGAUGUGGUUGGAGGUCUGCUGUUCAAUGGGGGUCUUCUCAAGAACAUCGAUGCUGCAGCAGACGCUGACCCUCUGGCGGAAAACAUUAUUCGGCUGACGGGAAGACAUUUCAUUGAAGAGAUUCCUCAAACAGGCAGGAAGGCACGUCCACAGAAACGAUGUAGAGUCUGCACCAAAGCGGGUCACCGAAGAGAUGGUCGAUAUCAUUGCGCCGAUUGCCCGUCCAAACCUGGACUACACAUGGGUGAAUGUUUCAGGGCCUACCAUACAAAAAUAAGAUAUUAG